CUUAACCGGAAAAGACCGAGGCAAGGGUGCAUUGCAUGGCGGGAGACGGUCCUCUAAAGAAGCCCCUCCUCCUCCGGAAGCCGGGUAGCGCCGGCGCAAACCGUUCUUCUGGAGGCGCGGACGCUUCUUUUGUGGUGACUUCGCUUAGGCCGCUGUGCCGUACAACCGGUAGAGGCUCUGUUUCCCUGAAACUUUAGAGUCUCAGGCCAUUUGAGGCAUUUGAGGCCAUUUGAGGCGAAAUGGUUCCGGACGAGAGAGGAUCAGGCGGUGGCAAUACAGGGGCCGCCGCCAUCUCAGGCUGCCCGUAGGGAAAAAGCCUGAGGGGCCCUCGCAGUCGUUGGAGCCUGCGCUUUCUUCCUUUGCUGGGCCCUGCCUACUGCGAAGAUGAGUUCGGCCUGGGUCCCUUCUUUCGAGAAGGAGCAUCUCUGGAUGUAUCUGCAGGCGCUCGGCUUCGAGCCGGGCUCGGCGACCGUAGCCGGUGGAAAGAUCGUGUCGCACACGCACCUCGGAGUGAACAUGUUUGACAAGUUGAACCGUGAUGCCUUUCAGAUAGUUUCUUAUUUUUUGUUUCAAACGCUUGACCAGUCUCUCACUAAAGAAGUUUUCAAACUUUGUUGGCCUCCAUUUGACCAAAAAAGUGAUACUGAAUUCCGAAAACAUUGCUGUGAAUGGUUAAAAAAGAUUUCUGCUGAAUGUGGAAGUAGCUUCCCUCAAGUUGUUGGUUCACUAUUUCUUUCUCCUGGUGGUCCUAAGUUUAUUCAUCUGAUGUAUCACUUUGCAAGAUUUGUUGCAAUAAAUUAUAUAAAAACCCAUUCUAAAAAUUCUUCUGUACAUUUUACAGAGACAUUUAACAUAAAGCCACAAGAUUUGCACAAGUGCAUUGCCAGAUGCCACGUAGCACGUAACAGAUUUUUACAAAUUUUGCAAAGAGAAGAUUAUGUUACCCGAAAAUACCAGGAAAAUGCACAAUUAUCAGUUAAACAAAUACAGAAUUUGAGAUCAGAAUGUAUAGGACAGCAAAACGAGAUAAAAAAAAUGGAACCCUAUGAUGACCAAAGUAAUAUACAAGAGAAAAUUCAAAAGGUUCGGUCUUUGUGGACUUCAGUGAAUGAAACACUCAUGGUUUUGGAAAAAGAGAGAGAAGUUGUUAGUUCAGUCCUUAGUGUUGUUAACCAGUAUACUUUAGAUGGAACUAAUGUUGCUAUCAAUAUUCCAAGGCUCUUACUUGACAAAAUUGAGAAACAAAUGUGUCAGUUGCACAUAGGAAAUGUUUAUGAGGCUGGAAAAUUGAAUCUCUUAACAGUUAUUCAGUUAUUAAAUGAAGUCUUGAAAGUAAUGAAAUAUGAACAUUGUCAGGCUAACCAAGCAAGACUGACAAUAGACCUUCACUUCCUUGAAAAAGAGACCAAAGUUCAGAGAGAAAGAUUGUCAGAUCUGAAGCAUAUGAGGUAUAAAAUAAAAGAAGAUGUCUCAACUAUAAAACAUUCUAUUGUUGAAAAACAAGAAGAAUGGCAUAAAAAUUGGAAAGAAUUUCUCGGCCUGUCUCCUUUCAGUCUAAUAAAAGGUUGGACUCCAGCUGUGGAUCUUUUACCACCUAUGUCUCCCCUUUCGUUUGAUCCUGCCUCAGAAGAAGCAUAUGAGAAGAGUAUUCUUUUGCAGUACCCUGCUUCACUUCCAGAUACACGUAAGCAACAUACCCAGGAAGAUGAUUGCAGAAGGGCAAGUGAUAUACUGGAAACUAAAUGUGAUCUAGCCAACAGCCCUGCUUCUUUCCUGUUGCAGCCCAUUUCACCAUCAGAUAGAAACAGUGUUACACUACUUGAAAAGGACACGAAGUUGAUGACUCCUAGAGAGAAAAAUGAAACAGUUCCUAAGAAAACAUCAGAAUUUGAAGCGGAAGACUCUUCAUCAUCAAAUAUUGCAAAGAGUAGUGCAUUUGGAGGGUCUCUGCCAGCUAAAAAAAGUGAUCCAUUCCAAAAAGAGCAAGAUCAUCUGGUAGAAGAGGUUGCAAGGGCAGUUUUAUCUGAUUCACCACAGCCUUCUAAAGGAAAAGAAGUAAUAUUAGAGGAACUAAUUGACUCUCUAGCUUCCAACCCAUUCUUAACAAGGAAUCAAAUUCCCCGAACUCCAGAAAACUUGAUAAGUGAAAUUAGGAGCUCAUGGAGAAAAGCUGUUAAAAUAGAAGAUAACAGAAGUGCAGAACCAAUUCAGAUGGAUACUGAACAUAGAGAAGUAUUGCCAGAAUCCUUACCUGUGGUGCAUAAUCAAAAAGAGCUUAACGUGGACAGUUUUUUCUCAGCAACUACUGUGUCCGAUUCUAGCCAUUCUCAUUUGCCUGAAGAGAAAGUUGUUUCAGAUUGCCUCAAGUGUGUGCUUCAGAAACCUGUGGUAACCAGUUGCAUAGGUGAACCAACAACACAGAAUGUGUCAGAUUUGUUAAAUAAGGACAUAAUUUGUAAGCAAGAUUUGGAAUGUACAGCUUUACAGAACAAGUUUUUAGAAACUAGCCAAAUAGAGACAUCCUCCCCUGCUGUAGGCAAUAGGAGAGAUGUGAUAGGUAGCAGUGAAGAAGAGUAUAUUAAAAUAUCAGACCACUCGAAAGCUUCUUACAAAGAUCUUUCCAUGCAUAAAAGUAUGUUAUGGAACUCUUUUCAGAUAUCAAGUGGAAUUAGUUCCAGUUUUAAAGAUAGUGAUUUUGGCAUAUUACAUGAAACUCUUCCAGAAGAAGUUGGUCACUUAAGUCUUAAUAGCUCCAGUAGUACAGAGGCCAAUUUUAAACUGGAACCAAAUAGCCCUAUGCACAGUGGCAUUUUCCCAGAAGGUGCUGUGGGAGGAAGACAGAAUACUCCAGAAUCAGACUUUAAUUUACAGGCUACUUGGAGUGGAUAUGAGGCUCUGAAGAAAUCUGUGCCCAAGCAAAGGGAAGAAAUUUGCCUCUCUAAUUCUGAAACACUUGAAAGACACAAACCAGAAUUGAGCCUUACUUCCCAAUACAUGCAAACUGAUGAUAUGCUUAACUUUUGGGGCACUCAUGAUAUGCACAUUGACUGUACAAAACCAGCUUCACGCAUGUCCCUUGGUGAAAGAAAACGGUCUCUUUCACCACUAAUUAAGUUUUCUCCAGUGGAACAAAGAUUGAGGACCACAAUACCAUGUAGUCUUGGAGAACGUCUACCUAAUUUAACAGUCAAUUUUGCAGAAGAAGAAAUCUUGAAUAAGAGCCUUGAUGCCAAAGAAUCUCCAUCCGACUUGAAAGAUGAAGUAGUAGCCCAGUCAACUUAACUAUGAUGAACUUAAGUUGAAGCAAUGUCACAGGAUAAAAACAUUUGUAAUUUAAAUACACAUUGGAAGUGUAACUUUUUCAGGGUCUAAAAAAGUCCUAAAUAAUGCUUUUUAGCCUUCUCUACUGAUUUUAAGUAAGGAGAGUAUGUUUGGAUUUUCUCUCUCUGUAUGGAUAUGGGGUUGAAAUGUGAAGUAUUUGGAAAGCAAACAAGUUAUGAGAAGCCAUUUUGGUUUCUUGGAUAAUCUUGUGGGCAUGAAAUGGCAUAGUAUUAGGUUUACUAAUUCAUUAUGUUCUAAUUUCAGUUAAUUAACAUAAGGAUGAGUAGUUUUUAAUGUGUUUUAUUAAGUGGUUAACUUAAUAGCCAUUGGAUAUACUGAUCUUUCUUUUUAGGGAAAUAUACAACUUUUAUUGUUUCUUUUUACAACAUUCUGGUACUAAACAAAAAAAGUGAGGAAAGUAAUGCUUUGGGGUGUAUAAUCAAAAUGACAAAGUUUAAGUUUGGGAAAGCUCUAAAGAGGCUUAAUGAUUAUUCAGGUAGGUUGAUCCUGGAAAAUGAUGUUUGAUGGAAUAAAGUGCAUGUGAUGAUAAUGAAGACUGGAGCAGAAUGAAUUUAGAAAAAAGGAAAAAGGCAGAAGAUGACUAGAUACUUUUGAGGGACAUUAUAAAUCCAUUCAGUGGGUUGUAUAGCAGUUUUAUAUUUAGUCUAAUUUAGACUUUGAGAAUUUAACUCUAGUUUUUUAUUUUAACAGAAAAAGUGUAAAUUAAAAAAUUAGUCUGUUUGGUUUUUUUUGGAGGGGCACUGUUUUUGGGGAAGGGAGCUAAUUUUUUUUUCAAUUUUUAAAAAAUUUUUUUAUUGGAGUAUAAUUGCUUUACAAUGUUGUGUUAGUUUCUGCUGCACAGUGAAGUGAAUCAGCUAUACUCAUACACACAUCCCCUCCCUCUUGGACCUCCCUCCCCCUCACCCCCCAUCCCACCCAACUAGGCCAUCAAAGGGCACCAAGCUGAGCUCCCUGUGCUAUACAGCAGGUUAAGGGAGCUAAUUUUGAUUGUUACUUUCCUCCUCAAAAACCAUCAGUUCCUCACUGCCUACAGAAUAGCUUCAGAUUAACGAGAAAAUUGAAUUUGCGGUUAAAUAACUUGUUCAGUGUUACACAGCUAAGUCAGUGGUGAAGCUAGGAUUUGACCUUAUUUUCCUUCCUUAAUAUACCAACAAGACCUCCUAGAAGUAACUAAAAGGCCAGGAUUUAGGAUAUGGCUGCAGGAGUGGGCCUUCUGGACUCUAAAUGGGAGUCAGAUGUGAGGCCUCUUGUACAGUGUCCUGCCUCAUGUAGUUAGACCCCCGGCCAAGAAAACGGCUUGUCUUUAGCAUCCAAGUGAUGAAUACAUGCCAUUGCCCUCUGCGAACCAGGUUGUUAAGCACACACUGGAAGGGUGGUAGCACCUACAGCACCCCUGUGUCUAGCCUCAACUCUUAACCAUCACAGCCUUGUCCAGUUUGCCAAGAAACUGGCAAGAAGAGGAGAAAAGUUGAAGAGUUCUGGAAGUGGAUGGGCUUAAUACUUCAUCUUUCUUCACUCAUUUUGGCUUACUUUCUGUGUUGCUUGUUUGAUCCAAGUUUGAAGGCCAGUCUUUUUUUGUGAGAAAAGACAGAAGAAAAGCACAAAUAACUGCCUUCUUUGCAGUGGAAAAGAAAGAGGAAGAGAAAAGCUUCUCCUAAGGUGCCAUAUCCUUUUAUUAGUUAACAGAACAAAUAGGGACUCUCUAAGUCUACUGGGAAACUGUCCUCUAGUCUUAAGAAACCUAGUAUUGGUAAAUCCAAAAUUAACAUGCUAAGGAGAAGGUAUUAGCAUCUACAAAGGGCCAGAGCUAUUCCUGGAUACUUAAUAUAUCAUUUAAGUCUUAUACUUCUGUAAGAUAGUGAUAUUGUACCUAUUUUACAGGUAAUGAUACCGAAGCUAGGGAGCUUAAAUGACUUGUCUAAGAUGGACUUGAGGAAUUACCUGGAAUACAUCUUAAAAAAACAUAUAUUCUGUAGGUCUAAAGUGAGGAUUAGAAAUCUGCAUUUUAAAUAGCUGCCCUGGUAAUUCUUAGGCUCAAUAAAUAGCUUGAGAGCCACUGCUAGUGGAUAGAGAUUCACAUUUAGCCCUGGGGUAUCUUAAAGAAGCUAGGUACACUAUUACAUUCUGCUUUAGAGAUAUGAGCUCUCUGAUAAGGAAGCUGAAGUUCAUCAAUAAGUGUGGGCCCUGAAUUAAUGGGAAUCACAAGACCAAAAUAUCUUUAGAUAUUAAUAGAUUUACAAAAACCACAUCGUUGUUGAGUCACACCUGUGAAAGGCUGAGAGUUUUUGGCAUUCUUCCCUGUCCUUUGUAUGCCAGUAGUAUAAACAAAAGUAUAUUAAAUCUGUCACUUUCUCCUAAACCAUUUUGAUUAUGACUCCUCUUCCUUAUCCAAUAUUGCCUGCAUUACCUGCCUUUUGACCUUAAGGGACUGCUUUGACCAUAUCACUUCUUUAAAAUUCCAUUAAUGGUUCAUUGUUAAUUCCAGAAGUGAGUUCAAAUUUAAAGGCAUAUAAGGUCUCCUCCAUAGAUUCCUCUUUUCCCUCUUCCACUAUGAUCUCCCCCCCACCUUUUUUUUAACUGAAAUGCUUUGGUGGGCAUGUGUCUUUAAAAAUCUUAAUGCACAGUUCUGAAGCUGGAAUAUCCUACCUUCAUCUCCCAGCCUUUCAGUUAUAGUUUGUCCUUUAGGGUUCAGAACAAAUCUCACUUUCACCUUGAAGUCUUAAUCUCUUAUUCCUGGGACUCUCCCUUCUCUGAAAUCUCCUAUGGCUUAUGUUAACUUUUAUUCACUUAGUAUUUUUCAUUUAUUGCUUUUAUUGUAUUUUUUCAUGGUUGUGAUUUCUCCAGUUGUAUUGAUUAAAUACAUACAGACAUAUACUUAUGUAGAUAUGUGUGUGGGGUGUGUCCACACAUACAUAUACUCCAAGGGCCAUAGAUCAUCCUUAGCAGAUACUGAAGUAUUGGAAUUGUUUUCUUUGCCUCUGUGUGAUGGAAUUAAAGUAAUGGUAAAGA